AUCAACAGUAUUGAAAAGUGGAUAGAUUUUCACUUCUCUUACCUUAAACUGUGAUAAUUCAAUUUGUUUUUAUGAUAACAAUUCAUCUUCUUAUCAAUUGUAACUUGAUAUCCAAUCAAUUAAAUCAGCGAUUUGAUUAUCUUAAGAUGGAGCUUCAGUCUUGAGAUGAACAUCAUUAAGUGUAGACACUAAUAAGAGACACACAUCUCAUUCUUGUUGUUAUCCUGAUCUCUUUACAAAAGACAAUUUAAUUAGUGUAUUUACAAUUAAAAGUGGACUUAAUUGUCUCUUCAACAAAAGUCUAAGUAAUUAACUCAACAAAAUCCACUAAACCCAUCAAAGUGAUUUACUUUGAACAACAAUCGUAUCAAUAAUCAACAUUUAUCCUUUAUUAAUGACAUUGAAAUCUAAUUUUCUCAUCAUUAGAUUUUCAUUAAUCAUCUUCCUGAUCAUCUAAUUGUUAUUAAAAUGUUACAAUUGACCAUUUAAAUUGUUCACAAUUUGAGACAAAAUUUUUUAAUUCAUCACAUUGUUACUACUAUUUUAAACUCAACACAUAUCAAUUGAUUAAUAAUCAUUUCUAAUUAUGGUCAAUCAACAAUCAACAAUUUACAAAAAAUCAUCAUAUGAUUCAGCUAAUUGUUUAUCUAAAUUAUUUUUCUUUUGGUUGUCUAGUUUUUUCCUCGAAUUUCAAAAGAAACGAUUAAAGCCCAAUGAUCUCGAACAAUGUCCAAAAUAUGAUCAAUCAGAACGAGUCGGAGAGCGACUUGAAUCAAAAUGGAAUGAGCAACUUAAGAAGUGUAAAAAUGGAGGUGAACCAAGUUUAGGUUGGUCGAUAAUCAAAGCAUUCGGUUGGCAUUAUUCAUCUAUAUCUAUCCUGCUCUUCAGUCAGAGUUUAAUGAAUAUCUCCCAGACACUUUGCAUGGGAUCUCUGGUUGAAGCUCUUUAUGAAUAUAAUAUGAAAAACGAUCAAAGUUCAGAGGUCAAGAGACGAAUCUACUUAAGCGCAUUCGGUGUGGUCGCAACUCAAAUAUUCGUUACCUAUGUGGCCAAUAUGUACUGGUUUUUGGCACGAAAAUUUGGUAUCGAUAUAAGGGUUUCCUGUAGUCGAUUAAUUUUCUGUAAAUCAUUACGAUUAUCACAAGCAUCUCUUGGUGAAACUACUGUUGGUCAGAUUGUUAAUCUACUUUCAAGUGAUGUUUCUCGUUUCGAUCUUGCAUCAGAAUUUCCCUUCUUUCUGAUCGUUGGUCCAAUGGAGGUCAUUCUUUCUAUCGUUAUACUGUGGCCUAUGCUCCAUGUUUCCACCAUCAUUGGGCUGUUAGUUUUGUUCCUUUAUGUACCUUUUCAAACGUUCAUGGGAAAAGCUUUUGGUAAACUUCGUGAGAGUGGAGCAUUUUUAACCGAUGAACGGAUUCGCCUUAUGAAUGAAUUUAUUCCCGCAAUGAGAGUGAUCAAAAUGUACGCUUGGGAGAAACCUUUAGCAUCGUUAGUUGAUCAUGCGAGAAAACGAGAAGUCGCUAAGAUCCGUUGGGCUGCUUAUCUGCGUGGAUUGAAUCUUGGACUUGGAACCAUUGCCGAGAAAUUGAUUAUGUUUAUAACUCUUGUAACUUUUGUACUUUUUGGUAAUCAGCUGAAUGCUCGAACUGUUUUCGUUGCGAUGUCACUUAUUCGGCAAUUACAAUUAUCUGUUACACUUUUCAUUCCAUUGGGUAUUUCUACUGGAGCUGAAUCAUUGAUAGCAAUCAAACGUAUACGCAACUUUUUACUUCUACCUGAAUGUGAACUGACGGACAAUUUAAGUCGAGGUCUUUGGAAUGCUGGUGUUAAAAAGCCGAAGAUCGUUUUUUCUGGUGUGACACUUUCAUGGAGAGAUGAUAAAGAGCCCAUAUUGAAAGAUAUAUCGUUUGAAGCUUCACCUGGCAAACUAUUGUCCAUCGUUGGUCCAGUUGGUGCUGGUAAGACAUCGUUGUUAAUGUCAAUUCUUGGUGAGAUCACAACGAAAGCGGGAACAGCCGAAAUACUUGGAUCUGUUUCUUAUGCAUCUCAACAAUCGUGGAUAUUUGCAGGAACUGUCCGAGAAAAUAUUCUAUUUGGAAAUGGUUACAAUUCAACUCGAUAUAAAAGAGUCAUUUAUGUUUCGGCCUUAGAACGUGACCUUGAAAUCUUACCUGCUGGUGAUCAAACGAUUGUCGGUGAUAGAGGUGCUUCUCUUAGUGGUGGUCAACGAGCUCGAAUCAAUCUUGCUCGUGCUCUUUACGCUCAGGCUGAUAUCUAUUUACUGGACGAUCCAUUAUCAGCUGUCGAUGCUCCGGUAGCUAAACAUAUUUUCGAGAAUAGUAUAAAAGAUUUCUUAUCAAAUAAGAUUUGUAUUCUUGUCACUCAUCAAUUACAAUUCAUGAAAUCAGCUGAUCAAAUUUUACUCAUUCGAAAUGGAGAACAAGUUUGCUAUGGUGAUUACAUGGAACUGUUGAAAAAGGGCUCAGAUUUCAUUAAAUACAGUCAAGUUCUAGAAGUUGAACAUGCGAAAAUGCCAGAGACACCAGAGAAAACACUGGCUGGAUUAACAUCUUCUCGAUCAUCUCUUCGUUCUAGAACUUCAUCACUGGUUAUUCCCGAUGCAAGUGGUUCGAUAAGCUCGAUCUGUGCUGAGGUUAACGAAGAAAUGUCCAAGAUUGAUAAUCUGGCGAUAAUCGAUGAAGUUGAGGACACCGGUGUUCACGAACUUUCUGGUAUCAAAUUGAAGCAAAAUUUUCUAUGGACUUAUGUUAAUGCUGGAAUAUCCAUAUUUCUAUUCCCAUUUUGGGUCGUUUAUAUUGUCGGAGCUGCAGCACUGACCAGUUUCGUUGAAUAUUAUCUAUCAUUGUGGGCUGAUUCGAUGGAGAGAAAGGGACGAUUCGAUUCAUUCAAAGAGACUACUCAUUCCAAUGGGACAUUCGAGUAUAAAACUUUUGUUGACCAUUUUUCGCAAAAUGAGAGCAUCGCAUUUUUUGCUGGAAUAACGAUUAUCCUUUUCCUUUGGUGUUGCACUCGAAACUUUGCCUUUUUUGCCGUUUGCAUGAAAUCGUCAAUUCGCUUACACAAUCGACUUUUCAAAGCCGUUGUUCGAGCACCGAUAUCGUUUUUCGACAAUAACCCUCCAGGUAUCGUUUUGAAUCGAGUCUCUCGUGACAUGGGAAUGAUAGACGAUUUUCUUCCUGCAACUUUCUAUGACACUGUUACCAUUUUGAGUAACAAUUUUGCCGCUUUGGUUCUAAUGGCUGUGAUUACUCCUUUUCUACUUGUUCCCGCUGUGAUAUUACUUUCAUGUUGUAUUUUCAUACGAUCUCGAUAUGUGAACAUUGCUCGAGAUGUUAAACGACUCGAAGGUGUGACAAAAUCUCCAGUUUUCUCUCACCUUUCAACUUCACUUUAUGGUCUAACCACAAUCAGAGCUUUUAGAGCACAAGAAAGAUUCAGAGAUACUUUCGAUGUGUUUCAAGAUGAACACACUUCCGCUUAUUUCACUUGGAUUGCAUCAUCUCGUUUCUUUAUAACUCUCAUCAAUACAACGACAGUUUGUUUCACCUUUAUGGUUGUGUUAACUUGUCUUCUUGCUAUCGAUUCAUUGAAUGGAAGUUCAGUUGGACUUGUGAUAACAUCUACUAUUGGCCUUGCAUCGGGUAUUCAAUGGGGUAUGAGACAAUGGACCGAAGUGGAAACCAUGAUGACUUCCGUUGAGAGGAUUGAAGAGAUGCGACAUAUUCCACCUGAAGCUGAACUAGAAGCUUCACCUCCAUAUAAACCACGACAAUCUUGGCCUGAUGAAGGUCAAAUUACUUUUCUCAAUGUAAACCUUAGAUAUGAGGCCGAUAAACCUCCAGUUCUUCGUGAUCUUAACUUUAAAAUUGAACCAAAAGAAAAGGUUGGAAUUGUUGGUCGAACUGGUGCCGGUAAAAGCUCAAUCAUGACAGCGCUUUUCAGGAUGACAGAACCUGAAGGACAUAUAAUCAUUGAUGGAGUCGAUGUUGCGAACAUUGGACUGCACGAUUUACGAAGGAAAAUAUCGAUCAUCCCCCAAGAACCGAUAAUUUUCACUGGAUCACUUCGAUAUAAUUUAGAUCCAUUUAAUGUUAAAAGUGAUGUCGAGAUUUGGGAAGCAUUGGGUCAAGCGCAAUUAAAGAAACCCGUUGAUUCCAUGGGAGGAUUGGAUGCGACAUUAACUGACGGUGGAACCAAUUUGAGUGUCGGUCAACGUCAACUUGUUUGUUUGGCUCGAGCAAUUUUAGCUAAUAACAAGAUUCUGGUUCUCGAUGAGGCGACGGCAAAUAUUGAUCCAACUACUGAUGAACUGAUCCAACAAACAAUACGAAAACGAUUCGCCGAUUGUACUGUUCUAACAAUAGCCCAUAGAUUACAGACAAUCAUCGAUUCAGAUAAGAUACUGGUCAUGGACGCAGGUCAAGUGUCUCAAUUUGGUGAUCCAUCUUCAUUGGUUGACGAUAAAGAAGGUUUAUUCUAUUCAAUGAUUCAAGCAACAGGAAAAGAUUCAGCAGAUAAUCUGAUCAGAAUCGCAAAAAGAAGUGCAAACAUCAAGUCAGUUGAAAAUAAUCAACAAGUCGAACCAAAGAUUUAACAAAUUUUAUUAAACAAUCGUCAAUUUCAGUUCAACAAUUAAAAGUUUUUUCUUAUUA